AUGACCCAGCCCAAUCAGCAAGCCAAUGGGCAACAACAUCCUUUGCAAUCCAACGCGCCUGGUGAUAUGAAGACUCUAUUCGCCGCGUUUGCCCGCCAUGGCAAGCCCUUACGCGGGCUCAUGGCUGCAGCCGACAAACCCACAUUUCAAGGUCGUUUCGGACGCAUGUUUGCCGAUACCAUUCCUGCCGGAACAUACGGUGCAACCGACGAUGAAAGCAGGCAAGCCUUAUUGGCCUUGGGAGCCUUGAUGACUUCCAAAUUGGAUGAACCAAAGGACGGCGGCGAUGCCGAAGAAAGUGGAAUACCAGCCCUCUACACCUAUUUCGGUCAAUUCAUCGAUCAUGACAUUACCUUUGACCCCAUGACCACUCUGGUUCAACACAGUGACCCAGAAGCACUGACGGAUUUCCGCACUCCAGCUUUGGAUCUUGACAACGUCUAUGGCCGUGGUCCGGAUGAUCAACCUUACCUGUACGACGACAGUGGUUUGAAGUUUCUGCUUGGUGAAGUCCUCGACAAUGGAGCUCAUGACCUUCAACGUAACACUGCAAACACAGCUCGUGCCCUCAUCGGAGACCCUCGAAACGAUGAGAAUAGCAUUAUCUCUCAGUUCCAGGCGCUCAUGCUGCGCUUCCACAACCGACUGGUAGAUGAGAACCCGGGCCUCAAAUUUGCUGCCAUCCAGAAAAUUGUGCGUUGGCAUUACCAGUGGGUCGUUGUCAACGACUUCCUCCCUAAGAUCAUCUCCUCAAGAGUCUUGGAUGCCCUGAAGACCAAUGGUAUAUACGACCGAAAGAAGAUUCAGUUCUUCUACUGGAAGAAGACUCCAUUCAUGCCAGUGGAAUUCUCGGCGGCUGCGUAUCGCCUUGGCCAUUCUAUGAUUCGACCGGGGUAUCGUCUCAACGACGACGACACCACCUUAUUGCCAAUAUUUCCGGUGCCUGAUACAGUGCCUGGAGCGCCACCAGGAGGGAUUACCCCUGGCUUGACUGGUUUCCAGGCAAUGGCGAAGAAUCGUGGAAUUGACUGGGGUCGAUUCAUCGACGUCGGAGAGCCACGCCCUUAUGGAGCUGAGAUAGACGACGAGACAAGCCCGGCCAGUACUGAAACCAAAAGACGUUUGCAACUGGCGUACCGCCUCGAUACCUCGGUGGUGACGCCGCUCUCGGUCCUACCUAAAUCGGUUGCUUUUGACGAACCUCGUUCACUGGCCCAACGCAAUCUGCUUCGGGGCUUCGAGCUUGGACUUCCGACAGGACAAAGUGUUGCCAAAGCAAUGGGAGUGACUCCGUUGAGUGACCGUGAGAUCAUCAUUGGCAAGGCGGUGGACAGCCCAGAAGGUGAGGACACCGUUGGACCUCUGUCCGAUAUCCCAGAGCUUUCAGCUUUCCGUGGCAAUUGUCCACUAUGGACAUACAUUCUUGCCGAAGCGGCACUCCCCAAGAACAUCAAACCAGUCACCAUCCCAGUCUCCCCUCCAAGAGACAUCUCGACUCCUCAGCUCGGUGAGGUGGGUGGACGGAUUGUGGCCGAGGUCUUCCUUGGACUGCUCUUUGGAGACAAACACUCUUUUCUCAGCUGUGAUCCCAGCUGGACCCCGACCAUUGGAAGUGCCAAGUCCAAGUUUGGUCUUCGCGACAUAGUGUCAUAUGCACUAGGGCCAUAG